GUGAUGCCACACGCGAGCGGUGGCGGUUGGAAGGAAAAAUGUGUCUGAUAUCGGUUCUGAGUAUUUUCACCAGUGUUUUGUUACCUCUGUUUGGAUUAGGACAAGUUGCUAAUGACCUGCAUCCCGCCAUCGCAUGGUUUGACCAGAUGAACUCAGAGCUAAAACAGCUCAACCACGAGGCAGCUCAGUACGCCUGGGAGGCAAGCACGCUGCCAACGCAGUCCUCGGCGGCGACCGUGGAAAAGAUUGGCCAACUGACGGUGCGGAAAGCCCACUGGGAACGGACCAUGUGUGGCCGCGGGGAACAGCACAGGGACUUCAACGCAAGCCUCGGCAGGGCACUCCAGCUGCUGUGCCGAUCGUGGGUCAACACGGAUGAUGAGAUGAGACAAAUGACGGAGCUGUUGGGAUUUAUGCAGACGAUUUACACCGGAACUCAGAUUUGUGUGGAUAAGUCGUACGAUGCGUGUGAUGGAAAUCAAGUGCUAUGGGAGAGAACACACUUUAAAUACCCGAAAUUUGAGGAAAAUGAAGUGGGAGAUCAAAAAGCGAAAGAAAACCAGGAAGCUGGCAAAAUAUGUCUUUUUGGAGAACCCGAUAUGGAGCAAAUAAUGACAAAAGCAAAGAUCCACCAGUUCAGCAAACAAUCCGACUGCAAAAUCAACGAAUCCGACAUCCUCAAAUGGGCCUGGCACUCCUGGAGGAUGGCCGUUGGCCCUCCCAUCAAGCAAACAUACGGAAAGCUAAUCCAACUCAUGAACAACGGCGCCCGUCGAGUUGGCUUCCAGGACGCCGGCGAUUCCUGGCGGGAAGAGUUGGAAAUGCCCAAUCUUCGCGCCACAGUGCACCGUCUGUGGCAGGAGGUUAAGCCACUGUAUCAGAAGUUCCACGCCGUCAUUCGGCACCACUUGCGCAAGAGAUAUCCCGAAAUUAAGGACUUUGACCGGUUGGGUCUGAUUCCGGCCCACAUCCUGGGGGACAUGUGGAGCCAGAACUGGGAAACGUACGCGGCGGCGAUUGUGCCCCACGAAGUGGACAUUGAGCACAAUUUCAAGCGGAUGAACUGGACUGGCCAGCAGUUGGUCAAGCGAGCUGAGGACUUUUACUCCUCCACGGGACUGCCGAUGAUGACGAAACAGUUUUGGGAGAAAAGCGUUUUUGAGCGGGGUGCGAAUGUGACGAAAUGUCACGGAACGGCGGCCAAUAUGUAUGAGGAAGGGGAUUUUAGAAUGAUUGUUUGUGCGGGAAGUACAACAAGCGAUUUCUACGUUGUUAUGCACGAAAUGGGUCACAUCAUGUACUACAUGUUGGCAUCGGAUCAGCCUACGAUCUUUCAGGAUGGAACUAAUUCAGCUUUCCAGGAAAGUAUUGGAGAUACUAUCCAUUUAGCUUCAAUGAGUCCAUUGCACUUAACCAGACUUGGUCUCCUAAACUCAUCAUACCUCAAACCGGAGGUGGACAAUACUCUGAAUUCCUUCGAUUACGCCUUAUUGAUGAAAACGGCCCUCGUCAAAAUCCCUGCCCUACCCUUUGCCUACGUCAUGGACCGUUACAGGUGGGACCUUUUCGAAGGAUCCGCCAACUUCGAGGAAGACGCCAACCGGUACUUUUGGUACCUGCUGGAAUCGGAACAGGGCAUCAAACCUUCCCUAAACACAGACCGAACCCAUCUCUUUGACGCCGCAGCAAAGUACCACUUCCCGGACAACACUCCGUACGUGCGCUACUUUUUAGCCAACAUUUUGAGCUUCCAGCUGUUGGAGGGACUCUGCCGGAAGUCGAUCUACGGAAGUGUGGACACGCCGUACCAACUGCCCAUGCCGCUGCACCGGUGUGAUUUGUACGGAUCGAAACGGGUUGGGCGCGUGCUGAAGAAGGCGUUGGCCCCCGGAGGAUCGCAACACUGGACAACGGUGCUGAAGACCCUUACGGGGAAGGAGGAGAUUUCGGUGGAUUCGAUGGUGCGGUAUUUUGAGCCAUUGACGAAAUAUCUGGAUAAAAUUAUUAAACAACAGGGAAUUCCAGUUGGAUGGUGAAAUCAAAAAUAAUGUCAAACGUAAAAAUAACAGAAUCUUACAUUAAAUAGUUGUUGCUCUCUUUGACGAACUGAUAAAAUACUUAUUUUAAUGGU